CUGAGGCCUCUCCCAGGCCAGGCCCUCCUGGAAGUGGGGUGGGGGUGUCUGGGCUUGCCUCACCCCAGCAACCGAUCCUUCUCUUCAGACCCCACCCUGGUGGGGCCAAAUCCACAGAGGCCUGCAGAUUCUGCCCCCAAACCUGUCGGACCAGUUCUAUGGGAGGAGGGGGCACCCAGGAGGGGCAGCUGAGAUGGAAGGAAGCAGCCUCCCCCCGGCCCAGCACAGACAGCUGCAGACACUGCGGACAGAACUCUGCCCGGACAGACCUUAGGAUGCUGGGCCUGGCCGCGAGGCCCAGAGGGGUACAGUCCUGGUGGCUGGUCCUUCUGUUGCUGCAGCUUAUUGGUGUCCCGCCGGGGACAGGCCUGGGUGAGUGAAGCCGGGGACUGAGGCGGGGUGCCCACAGAGCCUCAGGCUUCGGGGAGAGCACAUCAGCUACGUGCCCCGGCUCUCCAGCGUCACCCUGGCCGGGAAGCUCACGCAGUCCACCUUCACGCUUGAGCAACCACUGGGCCUGUUCGAUGACCUCAAUAUCUCUAACUCAGACCCCAUCUGGCUGGUGGUGGCCCACAGCAACGAGGACAAAGGACAUUCCUGCCCCCGCUGACUUCUCCCAGAAGGGCUACUACCUCACACUGAGGGCCAACCAGAAGCUCUACCAGCGUGGUGGCCAGGCCAGCAAGCAGCUCCCUGUCCUCCGUGUGGGCAAUGAUACACACUGCUCCUGGACAAAAGUGGGCUGCAAUCACCCACUGCAGGGCUCGGGACCCUACAGGGUGAAGUUCCUGGUAAUGAACAAGGAGGGACCCGUGGCUGAGACAGAAUGGUCCAAGGAGACCCGCCUACAGCAAGGUCAAAUGAAGUCCUCUUCCUAUGUGGCCCAUCAUCCUCCCAGCCCAGGUACUGCAAGCUGUUACGGGGCCCCAGAGUGCAGGCACAGUGGUCAUCAUUGCCAUCCUGUCGGUCCUGCUGGCCAUCCUCCUGGCUGCUGUCCUCAUCAUGCUCACACAAGCCUACUGCGAAAGCUGCAGGAAUGUUCCUGUUCCGAUCCCAGAGGAGCCACUGAGCAUGGGAAGAUACAGCACCCACCACAUGGGCGACCCUUCAGCUGUGGGGGGCUCCUGAGCCACUCCAGGGGCACCCAGCUACCUCUUUCAGGCUGCAGAGCCCCGAAGCUUCUGGAGCCCAGAGAGGUGGCUCUAAAUGAUGGUGGGGUGUGUGUGUGUCCUUACUCCAAAGCUUGGACCCGUUCCUGGCAGAAAUAAAUACCCCGACACCUUC